UUCAAGAAGCCUGGUAUAGCAGCUAUAGAUCGCAUCAACCAACCUUACCAAAGAAUCCGAAGUAGCAAACCGCCCCAGACCAAAAAACCGUUUAUGAUCAUCCCAGAAGAGAGACUCGCAGGAUUCAAUAAACACCUCCUGAUAGUCUUAGAUACCCAAGAAGCCGUCUAGCCGAUUUGAAAUUGCGGUCCACAGACAUAUCUUCCAGGCUUAAUCGAUACAACGAUCCUCGCAACAGUGCUAUAUCUGUCACCCAUCCUCGAACACGUCACAUUAACAUACCCUUAUGGGUUCGGCAGACUCGAAACUCCGUUUUAGGAGCACGGUCCUUCGCAUGGGAAACAGCAUCGACAUCCCCACUGACAGCAGCUACUGGAAAAUAUUUUGGAGAGACCCGGAGAGUAUCGCCGAUGUCUUCGAACUCAUUACCAACGCGGAGCUCCGCGCGAUUCGCGAACGUAACCAGAAGAACUUCCUCAACCUCGUACGGAUCGUGACGUAUAGGCUCCUUUCGCUUGCGAGUGACAGUAGGUUCCCAUCAGAGCAUGUUUCCGAGAAGGAGCUCCUCAACUGCUGCAGGGUCCUUACACGUCUUUUGCCGUUUGUCUAUGAGCUGCCAGAGCUCAAACCGGCAGAAAAGUCCAUGUUCUGGUCCCUCAGCUUUGGCUAUGCCACUACAAGCUUCCACAAGCUGAAUUCGGCUAAUAGCGACUCGGCCACAGUAGGCACUGACAUGUCGAGCCACACCUCCUCUGGUGCCUCCACAAAGGUCAGACUUGUUCUGGCCUGUGUCCAGUUACUCUUCACUCGCCACUUUACCGUGGAGGCCAAGUCUGAGGCGUUGGGUACGGACUAUUCCAUCUGGGAACCAGGUAUCGGCUGCAGCGGUGCCUUUGAGCCCCCCUCUACCAAGUUUGAUGCCAACAGACUUGAGAUCUUAAGACUCCUCCUCACGCUUGUGUCGCAGUGCAUGUACAACACCCCCAAGACGGUAACGGACCAGGGUUCACGGUACCUCACCUGUCUUGUGGGGGCUACGCCCCGGUUACAAAUGCUCACUCUUCUCUGUUCUUUGCUCAAUACCGCUUGUAGAGUCAGCAGAAACCCCAACGAGAAUGGCUUAGUGUUUCUGAGCGCACCGGCGAUGGAGCUUCGGCACUUGACGGUGACCUACUCUAUCCAAUUACUCGUCAUCAUGGUUGUCUAUCCCAUUCCCCAGGACGUGCUGUUCAUGAAGCAAACAUCAAUUACCGAAAAGAAUCCGCACAACAUGGCCCGUUACUUUCUCGGAAAGAUCCACAAGGAGCCGGAGAUGAAAUUCUUGUGUGGAUCGCUAAUGAGUAUUCUAGUGAACCCAGUGAGCUACACGGCCGAGCAGGAAGCAUCGUCUGCGUUUACCAUCAUGAAAAAGUCUUCGGGCGACCCGCCGACAUGGGCGCUGGAGAUUGUCAUUCUUCUCUGGGAAAUGUUCCAGUGCAACAAACACUUUCGUGGCUACAUCUCUCGGGCCCCGUCCACUGAGCUUUCCACCACCUUGUUGUACUACAUUUUCACCUACCGAAAUGUGGAGGUGUAUUCCGGCUUUGUGCGUGUGUGUGCUCAGUUCCUCCUCCAUGUAUCCUCGGAUACCCAGUUCUCCACGCAACUCCUCAAGACGUUCGACCUACAGCAGUAUUUGAUUCUCCCCCAGAACUUUAUGCUUACGUCCAAGGGAGAUGUCGGAACAUACCGUGACUUCAUGGUGACUCAACUCUCCACGAUGCUUCAAAACGAUAACCUGGAAGCCGAACCGGCCAAUGCGCUCACAUCGACGUUGGUGGAAAUCCUCUACAACUUAGUUCCGAUUGCCAUCCCUGAAGCAGAGGCAACACAGAUCAAUGGAGGCCAGUCAACAACGAAACGGACCCCUUAUGGCGGACUCUCGUACCAGGCCUGUAACUCUCUCACCCAGUUGGUUGUACGUUUUUCCUCUGCACAGUUCCUCUUGGUUCCAGGAAAUUCAGACCUCCUUGCAUUGGUGGUUUCAACCAUCUGUCACUCGAUUACCAGACAUACGAAGGCCUCUAGGACGUUGAUCUUCGUCAUUGCCCGUAACCAUGCCUUGUACAAGGGAGUGCUACAGAGCGUCAACACCUAUAAGCCGAUGGAGGUGGAGGAAGAACCAGAGGAGGUGGAGGACCACGUAACUGACAGCGAUGACAGCCGUCCGCCAUCCAUACGUAACUCGAUUUCCUCUCCGCGGCCUGAGUUGGGGCAGUUGAGCAGGCAAAACAGUUUUGGGGAUGCUCCUGAGACCACAGAGGUGGCUGUGGUGGGCGAAUUUGAUAAAGAGAUCAACCAGGCCUUGAGGGCCGUUCAGCCUGUCGGGAUGUCGCUUAGAGCCAAGGGAAAACAGCCGAAGGAUGCUCCCUUGAGCCAAACCUGGCCGGGUCACAAGGCCUUGCGGUACAUUUUGGCGACGGUUGAACUUUUAAUACAAGAAAUUCCGGAAUUCAACGCGUUUACGGCCCUGGAGUCCAUCCGGAUCUUGUCCCGUGUCGAGCUAUUUGACUAUGCUGGAGUGUUUGGGCGACUUGCACUUGCGCCUGAAUAUUCUCGUGCCACCGAAUGGCAGCCGUUGCGGUUUGCCUGGUCUGCCAUGGCCUUGGGUUGGUAUGAGUCUAUUAUCUGGGGAUGCGUGUUUCGUGCAAACGAACUCAUCAAGGGAAAAUGUCUUUCGAAGAAUGCGAGCAAGCUUGAGGCCGGUGCUAGUUGGUUCGGCUGGGGUAAAAACGCCGCGAGUGCCGAAUCGCAAGCCGUUGACCUUCCUUCGCGAGUGUUGCUCAUGUCCACCCCUUGGGUCGAAACUCAGUUCUUGUUGUUUUCGAUCAAACAACAAAGCAAGACCGGCCUCAGGAACGGGUAUGACAUGGCAGACUCGUUGAUCAGACGGUUAAGUGACUUCCGCCUCACAAAACGGAAUAGCGUGUCGUCGGUAAACUCUGUCGCGAGUGACGAGCUUCGCAUUGACUCUCCGGUGGCUUCCCAGUUCAUACCGAGUCGCAUGGCUUCGGUGGGCUCGAACCAUACACCGAGGAAUUCUAUUUCCUCAGCGGGGGUCUACUCGGGAAUCCAGACCCGGAAGUUCAGCAACGAGUAG